AUGGCAGGUUGUGCAGGGGGAGUUGGAGGGCUGGAUUGAUUGAGCGUGAGACGUAUUUCCAGGGCUGUUGAUACAAUAAAGGUGAGUCGGGUUUUAUUGAUGUUAAACUGCAGUUUAGUUUGGGAUAAAGUAUCUGUCAGUGUGGGGGAGAUAACAGAUACAGGAACUAGUGAGGCGAAGUUUGUUAGAUUGGGGAGAGCAGAGAAGCCAGGAUCUCCCACUCACUACUGAACUGUCUGACUGGUAACAAUGUGUCAGCAGUUUAUAUAGUGAGCGGAAAUACCGCGCGUGGGCUACUUCCUCUGCUUCGGGUUCGAGUCUUCUGAUGGUGAGUUAGAACUAUGGCCUUUAUACCAUUUAUAGCCUGAGUGCAUGUUAUGCCCAGAGGCGGCCUGAGUGCAUGUUAUGCGGACAGAGAAGGGAGAGGCUGCUGUUUAAAGAAUGAAAUGAGAGCCUGAGCCGGGGAGAGCAAUGCGAGCAGGGCUGGCCUUAGGCCUUUAGGUGCCCUGUGCGUAAAAUCUUCACAGCGCCCCCCGUCAUCCAUGUAUGAUGUAAUGUUUGUGUUGUCUGUGUAUGUGAUAGUAGGUGUGAUGACUGUGUGUGAUUAUAUAUGCUAUAUGUUGGCUGUGUGUGAUAUUUGUAAUACAUAGAAACAUAGAAUGUGACGGCAGAUAAGAACCAUUCGGCCCAUCUAGUCUGCCCAAUUUUCUAAAAACUUUCAUUAGUCCCUAGCCUUAUCUUAUAGUUAGGAUAGCCUUAUGCCUAUCCCAUGCAUGCUUAAACUCCUUUACUGUGUUAACCUCUACCACUUCAGCUGGAAGGCUAUUCCAUGCAUCCACUACCCUCUCAGUAAAGUAAUACUUCCUGAUAUUAUUUUUAAACCUUUGUCCCUCUAAUUUAAGACUAUGUCCUCUUGUUGUGGUAGUUUUUCUUCUUUUAAAUAUAGUCUCCUCCUAAUGGGUGUAUUAACAGUAUGCGAUAUGCGUGUAUUGGUUGUAUGUGAUAUUUGUGUAGGGUUUAUUGGCUGUGUGUGAUGGUUAUUUAAUUCAGAUAAAAAAUAGGCGGUCAUGCGCAGGCGGUCACGCGCGUGCAGACUGUCACUCACACAGUUACCUGUGGAGUUCAUUGUGGAGGCAGUGCAGCUCCUGGAGACUGGUUGUUGGGGAAGCAGGGACUCCUUCCUGUUUCCCCUGCAGCAGUUAUCCGCCCCCGCCACAAAUUAUUAUUUAUUUAUUUUUUUUAAAUAUUUGACCUUGUGUGAGCUGCUUCCUGGCGCCCUGUGCGACCGCACAGCUCGCACACCCCUGAAUGCGAGAUACUGAGCCGGGGAGAGCAAGGGGCUGCAGGUGGAUCAGCACUGCUCCAUCCAGACAGGGAAUCGGGAAGCAGACAAAUACAGGUAGAUACUGAAGCCCCCUGGUGGACAGCAAGGUAGAGGACCUGACUGGGAUGCUGGAGCUGUGAGUUAAAAUCCAGCCAGGUCUCUUAAAAGGGUAGCCACGCCUUGCUGUCUGCAGGGUUCAGGUUGCACCAAGACAAGGGGUGACCUCCGGGCGCCAACAGACAGGGCUUCAACUAGGGCAGGGCUGUCCAACCUGCGGCCUCCAGAUGUUGCUGAACUACAACUCCCAUGAUUCCCUUGCUAUCUGUUUCAUUGAAAUGAUCAUGGGAGUUGUAGUUCAGCAACAUCUGGGGGACCGCAGGUUAGACAGGCCUGAACUAGGAGAUCUAGUUCAGGCUCAGACAGGGAAUCCGUAUCAAUAUAUAUCAGUAUAUAUUAUCCAAUGCAACUUUGACUGUAUUAUAUCUAUUCUAUGAGUACAAUAUGUAAUGUAUUUGAUAUUUUACUUAAAGUAUGUGCGCUCCCUCUUUUUUCCUUUCUGUACACCUCUACACAAUCUGCUAAAAUGUUAAUAAAAUUGUAUUUAACAAAAAUAACAUUACAAUUUUAUUUUUUAGAACGUUUUAUUAGAAAAUAGUUUCCCUAAAGCAGACUCUGAGAAGCAGUUGUCAAACACUAUACGGUAAGCUGAAUACGUUUUAUUAUAUUUGUGUCUGUGUAAUGCACUCAUACAUAGGUGUGUUUUUGUGUAUGUAUACAUAUUUGUGGUCGGUGACAAAAGACUUGAUCUAUACCAGUAAUAGCAAGUAGGUAGUGGUGUGCUGAAACAGACGAGCAGGUAGGCCUGAAAAUUUGGGCAAAAAUAAUUAAUACUGCCUAAUCUCAGAACAAAAUAAUUAGCAAAACCCACCCCCAAUUAUUAGGCCUGACUUGUAGAAACUUAGAAUGUGACCGCAGAUAAGAACCAUUCGGCCCAUCUACUCUGCCCAAUAUUUUGAAAAACUUUUAAUUAGUCCCUGGCCUUAUCUUAAAGGAACACUAUAGUCACCUAAAUUACUUUAGCUAAAUAAAGCAGUUUUAGUGUAUAGAUCAUUCCCCUGCAAUUUCACUGCUCAAUUCACUGUCAUUUAGGAGUUAAAUCACUUUGUUUCUGUUUAUGCAGCCCACACCUCCCCUGGCUAUGAUUGACAGAGCCUGCAUGGAAAAAAAAACUGGUUUCACUUUCAAACAGAUGUAAUUUACCUUAAAUAAUUGUAUCUCAAUCUCUAAAUUGAACUUUAAUCGCAUACAGGAGGCUCUUGCAGGGUCUAGCACGCUAUUAACAUAGCAGGGGAUAAGAAAAUCUUAAUUAAACAGAACUUGCAAUAAAGAGAGCCUAAAUAGGGUUCUCUUUACUGGAGGGUUCAGAGAAGGGCUACUAAACUGGUUCAUGGAUUGCGGAAAAAAACUUACCAGGAAAGGUUAAAGGAUCUUAACAUGUAUAGCUUGGAGGAAAGACGAGACAGGGGGGAUAUGAUAGAAACAUUUAAAUAUAUAAAGGGAAUCAACACAGUAAAGGAGGAGACUAUAUUUAAAAGAAGAAAAACUACCACAAGAAGAGGACAUAGUCUUAAAUUAGAGGGACAAAGGAUUAAAAAUAAUAUCAGGAAGUAUUACUUUACUGAGAGGGUAGUGGAUGCAUGGAAUAGCCUUCCAGUUGAAGUGGUAGAGGUUAACACAGUAAAGGAGUUUAAGCAUGCAUGGGAUAGGCAUAAGGCUAUCCUAACUAUAAGAUAAGGCUAGGUACUAAUGAAAGUAUUUAGAAAAUUUGGCAGACUAGAUGAGCCGAAUGGUUCUUAUUUGCCGUCACAUUCUAUGUUUCUAAGUGUUUAUGGAAGGCUGUGCAAGUUACAUGCAGGGAGGUGUGACUAGGUUCAUAAACAAAGGGAUUUAACUCCUAAAUGGCAGAGGAUUGAGCAGUGAGGCUGCAGGGGCAUGUUCUAUACACCAAAACUGCUUCAUAAAGCUAAAGUUGUUGAGGUGACUAUAGUGUCCCUUUAAGUCUAGGAUAGGCUUAUGCCUAUCCCACACAUGCUUAAACUCCCUCACUGUGUUAACCUCUACCACUUCAGCUGGAAAGCUAUUCCAGGCAUCCACUACCCUCUCAGUAAAGUAAUACUUCCUGAUAUUAUUUUUAAACUUUGCCCCUCUAAUUUAGACUGUCCUCGUGUUGUGGUAGUUUUUCUUCUUUUAAAUAUAGUCUCCUCUCUUACUGUGUUGAUUCCUUUUAUGUAUUUAAAUGUUUCUAUCAUAGCCCCCCCCCCCGUCUCGUCUUUCCUCCAUCCUUCAAUCUUUUAACCUUUCCUGGUAAGCUUUAUCCUGAAAUCCAUGAACCAGCUUAGUAGCCAUUCUCUGAACUCUUUCUAGAGUGUCAAUAUCCUUAACCCCUUCAGGACACAUGACGGAAAUAUUCUGUCAUGAUUCCCUUUUAUUUCUGAAACUGUGUCUUUAAGGGGUUAAUUGAUUCAGCAACUAUUACAAAGCACAGAAAUCUUUCUAAAUUGCUAGGAAGGUAAAUAUUAACACCUUUAAGACCAGAGGGCGUACUAUUACGCCCUAUUUUAAGCGGCUCUAAACGCCGCUGGACAUAAUAGUACGCCCUCCGUUUUUUUUUUUUUUACUUACCAGGUCGCCAGUGAUCCCAUGCCGGCGAUCGUGGUUGGGGGGACUCCCAGGGAGCCCCCCGCGGCACAUCCGACCUCCUGCAGCUCGGGAGACUUCGCUGAACUCAAAUAUUAGUGUUUCAAAACAGUAAAAUGUAUUACAACGAUGAUCUCGCCAGUAAAAGUGAAAUUUUUUGCAUUUUUCACGCACAAACAGCACUUACACGGACGAUAUUAUUGCUGUGAUACGUUUUACUGUUUUGAAACACAAAAAUUUGUGUUCAGCGAAGUCUCCCGUGUACAACAGUACCCCUCAUGUACAGGUUUUAUGGAGUUUUCAAAAGUUACAGCAUCAAAUAUAAGGCUUGUGUUUCAUUUUUUUUCACAUUUAAAUUCGCCAGAUUGGUUACGUUGCAUUUGAGACCCUAUGAUGGCCUACCAUUUGCAAUAGUAGACAACCCAAGGUAUUGCAAACGGGGUAUGUCCAGUCUUUUUUACUAGACACUUAGUCACAAACACCAAUCAUGAAAUAAUUUAAGAACAAACAAUAUAAAAAUAAAGAUAAAAAUAAUAGAAGUGGGGAGGGGGGGGGGCGGAGCCGACCGCGUGCCAACAUGUACGCUUGCUAGCUGAGCUCCAUCGGAGAGACCAGGCAAUCCCUGAUCAUCUGGCAAACGGACCAAAAUCUUGCGCCCUUACAAAAUACUGUAGGGAUGGCGACGGAAUACCCUCUGGAGCUAACCUCUUCCCCUUCCAGCCCGGCCACGUCUGAGAGCUCAUCACUGGCACCGGAUCAAGAUCUCCGGGAGAUUCUAAAAAACCUUCCAUCUAAACAGGACCUGGCGACAAUGCUGCACAGACUAGAGGUGUCUUUCCAAAAAAAUAUGGACGACCUCUCAGCCGAGGUGAAACAGGUGGGAGACAGGGUGAACACCCUAGAAGAUAACCAAGAUCAUACAGCAAUGCAACUUUCACAGUUGCAACAAUCAGUGGCAGCACAAAAUGCUCAAAUGGCUUACAUGUAUCGUGCAAUAGAUGACCUCAACAACCAAGGGCGCCGAAAUAAUCUGCGCAUAAAAGGCCUCCCAGAAGGAGAAUCUGCCAAUUACACUCCAGAAGCUUUUCAAUCUUAUCCUCCACAAAGAGGCGACGGAACCUAUCCUCCUAGACAGAGCUCAUAGGGCUCUCAGAUCAAGGGGCCCAGCAGCAGAAGCUCCUAGGGAUGUCAUCUGCCGUAUCCACUACUAUGGAGUAAAAGAGGCUAUUCUCCAUGAGAUAUGACAAACUACCAAACCCCUCCUAUAUAGAGGCACUCAAAUCCAAAUAUACCCAGAUCUCUCUUUGACACUCCAGGCCAGAAGUGUAAUGAAACCAUUAACAGAUUUACUACAUACAAGGAAUAUCCGGUACCGUUGGGGGUUCCCUCUGUCCCUUACGGCUACGCACAACGGGACCACCGCAACCAUAUCUUCUGUCAACGAUGUGGCAACAUUCACUUCAACCCUCAACCUCCCCAACAUAGAAUUAACAGACUGGUACAGCCCAGUGCAAAUUCCACCAAACCAGCCCAGACCACAGAGAACAAGAUGGCAAACACCCUCGAAAAGGCACUGCAAUGAGACACCGCAUUUGAUGGGAGGCCUCCCAUCCCGGUCCGACCGGUCCCCGCGCUAAACGGAAACGCCAGGAGCUCCAUCCCUUGCAACCUGGGUCUCCACAUACGGACUGACAAUGCUUGUACUUAGAAGAGAAAGGGACACCUCUUCACCAACGGACUCAACCGGUUAGGGAGGUUGCAUUAGCAGAGAGGCUACACAGACUCUCCUCCUGACCCAAAUAGCAAUCAAGAUCCAAGCAUUACCUGGAACCUUCCCCCCCCCCCAUCUCAAUUUCCUUACCUACAAACCUCCGUCAGACACCAGAAGCAGCAGAUGCCGACCAUCCAACCAAAGAGCGAAGUGUAUCACCUCUAGGCAGAUGGGCACACUCUAUGCAGCAAAACUACUGCACCAUAUAUUAAGACUCUGAAGGAAAACAUAAGCAUCACAUCUAAACCAUGAACUGAUAAGGUCUGAUACUAGUGAGAUGGGGCAGCAAACCAUAGAACUCAGUACCACAGGGCAGACCUGGACAGACUCUAACCAGGGCAUUGCUGGUAUUAAACUCACAAAUAUUGGAAGAUCGAAACCUAAAAACCAACGGAGUGGCAAAAUACCAUAAUCAUCCACCAUGCAUACCACCUAGUCUAACCUACCCACUAAUCCCCACCCUACAUUUCACCACCCUUCCUCCCCACCACCACUUGGUUCAAGUGUUUACCUGGAUGCAUAAAUUGCAUGUUCCAAUACACAGGUCACAGCAGAUAGAUAUAGACCACUUAAGAUGGCCAGUUAGGCUUGCAGGUAUAGCCAGCAUCAUGGUGGCAAAUUGAUCUCAACCCAUUCAACGUAAUUUUACAUGCUCAAAUAGUCAAUUAUAGCGGGCUGACUAAACAACAACCAUACUCGACCACUAAACAAAAAACCCAAGACCCGAUCUACCAUUAAAUUACACUCCAAAAGGAUUGCACGUCUCAUACGACACGCAAGAAAUUAAUACCUGACCCACCCCCCAAAUUCCUAGAUCACCGGGAGCAACCCCAACGGCCCUAGCGGUGCCUACUUUGUAUCCCUGGUGCUGUCAAACUUCCUAAGGGAAAGCCACCGUCAGACAGGGUCAAACUACACCCCUUAUACAAUUUCUCUCAAUUGCUCGCUUUACUAGUGCUAGGGAAAUAUUGUAUAUAGUUUAUUUGGUUACUUUUGCUCAUAUACGUGGUUGCACUACACCCGAGCAACUUUUCUAGUUAUUCCAUGGCAAACAUAAAUUUAGUAACCCUCAACAUUAGAGGUCUGAACUCCCCAGCUAAGAGAUCCCUGACCCUCACCGAAUUACAUAACUUAAGGGCAGAUAUCACAUUUCUUCAAGAAACCCACUUUAAAGCAGACCACGCCCCCACACUCAGAAAUAAACACUACCCCACAAGUUACUUAACAAUUAUGACAGAACCAAAUCCCGGGGAGCGGUCAUCCUCGUCAGUGCCAAAGUUCCAUACACACACAUCGACCAAUAAUCAGACACUAAUGGAAUACUGGUCAUGAUAAAAGGAUGAAUUGGCAACACGGUCAUGAUCUUUGCCACCCUAUAUCUCCCUAAUACUAAACAAAGCUCAUACUUAUUCAAAUCUCUAACAAAGAUAUAAGGCUUCUCAGAAGGCAUAUUCAUUAUGGGAGGAGAUCUUAAUUUAUCACUGGACUCAGACACCACCUUCAGGUCCACUAAUUACAACUCAACCACCCGAUACAGAAUUGCACAAAUACUAGACAAAGCACUUCUCUUUGACGGCUGGAUAGUCAUGCAUCCUCAGGCAAGCGACUACUCUUACUUCUCAGCGAUCCAACACACUUACUCCAGGCUCGAUAUGCUAUUUCUUCAACACGGACGCCUCCACCUCAUUCAAACCUGCCACUAUGACCCCAUCACCUGGUCAGACCACUGUCCCCUCUCCAUGACCCUACAAGUCCCUACCCUAGUACCCACACAAGCCCAGUGGAGGCUCAAUGACACCCUGCUUAACAAUCCCUCCAAUGUCACACUUUUGACCGACACUCUAAAUCAAUAUUUUGAAAACAACUCAAUGCCCUCUAUCUCUCCCACAAUAGACUGGGAAGUUUACAAGGCCGUACUAGCGCUAGCGUCUAAACAAAAAAAAACAGGUCACCACUCUUACAAAUGACAUACGUCGUUUGGAACACUAUUACAAGCAAAAUACAUCCCUAGCCCUAUACAAACAAUUAAUUGACAAACGCACAUCUCUCCAGACCCUACUAAAUGUUAAGGUUAAGCAGACAUUACUAAACACUCAUACUACACACAAAGAGGCAAAUGUGGGCAAUUGCUGGCCAAAGCUAUACAAAUCAGCAGACAACAAACAUUCAUAGCCAAAAUCAAAAAGUCCUCUGGGGAGGUGACCAACCUCUUACCAGACAUACUUAAGGAAUUCCAUUUCUUUUAUUCCAAUCUAUACAACCUACGACCACUUCCACCAUCUACUGAUGAUAUACACCGGUUUCUAUCCAACCGGAUUACACAGCCCAUACCCCCAAAUGUUAAACAAGCGUUUGACAUGCUACUUACACAAAAGGAAUUCACAAUGGCCGUCAGGCACUUCCCAGCGGGCAAAAGCACGGGCCGGGUGGCUUUACAGCCAAAUAUUUCAAAAUCUUCUCCGCAUCCCUCAAGGAGCCCUUUGUGGCUGCUUUCAACUCAAUAACUGGUUGCACUAUACUAAAAGAGGCACUCGAAGCACAUAACACUUAUCCCCAAGCCAGGCAGAGAUCCAAUAGAAUGUGGAAACUAUCGACCUAUCUCUUUAAUGUAGAUCUAAAAAUCUUCAUAAAGAUCCUGGCAAACCGCCUUAGACCUCUGCCGCAUGGGCUGAUCCACCCUGAUCAGGCCGGGUUUGUGCCUGGUAGGGAAGCCAGAAAGAACACCACAAAAUGACUCCGUCUCUUGCACCUUUCGGGCGGGGGACGGACCCAGAGCCUCAUUCUCACCAUUGACACUAAGAAAGCGUUCGAAGGGGUGGAUUGAUCCCUGCUAAAGGAGACAAUGAGAGCCAUGGGCUUUGACCAGAACUGGCUAUAGUGGCUUUCAGCUCCACUCCACCCCAGGAGCGAAAAUACGCAUCAAUGGCAAGUUGUCAAACACGGUGCAAAUAACAAAUGGCACGAGACAGGGAUGCCCCCUCUUCAUACUAACAAUGGAACCCUUUUUGCCGGGGAUUAGGGACAACCCUGGCAUUCAAGGCAUACAAGUAGAUGGCUAAGAAUACAAGGUAUCUGCCUUUUGCAGAUGAACUCCUCUUCACACUCACGAACCCCAUAACCUCGCUCCCUUACCUACUCAAAGAGAGAGACACAUAUAAUAAAAUAUCCAGCUUCAAAGUAAAUGUUAAUAAAAGUGAAAUCCUACCCUUGCAACUAACAGACUCUGCCCGAAUUUCACUUCAAAAAACGUACCCUUUCAAGUGGCCACUGGAGUCGGUUAAAUACAUAGGAGUGAAACUCACAUCAUCUAUGGCGCGAACCUACGACCUCAACUUUCCACCUUUACUCUCCACCAUAGCGAAUCGGGCACUACAUUCAAUCUAAACCACACCUACUACUUGGAAGCAGACAACUCACGACCUUUGAAACAAUUUGCAGUCAGCACACACUACGAAGAAAACACCUCUCCACAUUCUACAAACUCCUACAAAAGAGGUUGGAGGACAUUCUACCAGAUUUCACUAAAUCCUGGGCAGAGGAACUAGACAUCACAAUACAAUCCAAGGGGUGGAAGCAAAUAUUCUCUAAUAUCUUUCAUUCCUCCAAAAGCAAUGCCACGCACGAGGGCAAUUCUAAACGAAUUGCACGUUGGCUUUACACGCCCUCAUGCAUCCAUACAUUUUUCCCUACAUCAUCUAAUUUAUGUUUGAAAUGCAAACUCACGGAGGACAGUUCUAGCCACAUAUGGUGGUCUUGUUUUAUAAUCCAAAACUACUGGAGCAAAAUAACAGACCUAAUACACAUCAUCACAGGGUAUGAGGUCCCCCUGACUCCUCAGGUACUAAUAUUCUUUAUGUACCCCAACCCAAUGGCCAGAGCACUACGUAUACUAUUAAACCACUUACUCACAGCAGCAAAUGGGCUGAUACCCACUAAAUGGAAACAAAACAAGGCACCAACCAUUAGGGAAUGGAUCGCCAAAGUAGACUCUAUUAGAAUAAUGGAAGAACUUUUCUACUCAUUCACCCACAAAUAGGACGAGUACACAGACACAUGGGCACCUUGGCUCUGCUUUCUCCAGGGGUCCACUCAACCACAAUAAUUACAUAUCUGAUACACAGGGAGUAUACAAGAAGGAAGAAAAAAUCACUACUAGAUCCCAGAUUGUAUCUAGAUGAUAAGCUAGAGCCAGCAUGUCUCAGCUGUAUAAUCCCUUUUUAUAACAAUAUUUUUAAUAUGAUUUUUAUUUUUAAAAACUCCCAAGGGACCCAAGAUUGUUAAAUGACUGACUGGUUAACCUUAGGUCAUAAUAAGAGUAAAAAUAAGAAUCCGCAAUCGAACCUGAGGACUGUUUGUAUGUAUAUUAUACACACAUUAUAUAUAUUUUACACACUGCUCAAAAAAAAUAAAGGUAACACUUAAACAACACAAUGUAACUCCAAGUCAAUCACACUUCUGUGAAAUCAAACUGUCCACUCACGAAGCAACACUGAGUGACAAUCAAUUUCACAUGCUGUUGUGCAAAUGGGAUAGACAACAGGUGAAAAUUAUAGGCAAUUAGCAAGACACCCCCAAGAAAGGAGUGUUUCUGCAGGUAGUGACCACAGAUCACUUCUCUGUUCCUAUGCCUCCUGGCUGAUGUUUUGGUCACUUUUGAAUGCUGGCGGUGCUUUCACUGUAGUGGUAGCAUGAGACGGAGUCUACAACCCACACAAGUGGCUCAGGUAGUGCAGCUCAUCCAGGAUGGCACAUCAAUACGAGCUGUGGCAAGAAGGUUUGCUGUGUCUGUCAGCGUAGUGUCCAGAGCAUGGAGGCGGUACCAGGAGACAGGCCAGUACAUCAGGAGCCGUGGAGGAUGUCUUUAGGAGGGCAACAACCCAGCAGCUGGACCGCUACUUCCGUCUUUGUGCAAGGAGGAACAGGAGGAGCACUGCCAGAGCCCUGCAAAAUGACCUCCAGCAGGCCACAAAUGUGCAUGUGUCUGCUCAAAUGGUCAGAAACAGACUCCAUGAGGGUGGUAUGAAGGCCCGACGUCCACAGGUGUGCUCACCAGAGGUAGCCUGACUGCCAUUGGGUACCGAGAUGAGUUCCUCAGACCCCGUGUGAGACCAGCUGCUGGUGCGGUUGGCCCUGGGUUCCUCUUAAUGCAAGACAAUGCUAGACCUCAUGUGGAUGGAGUGUCAGCAGUUGCUGCAAGACAAAGGCACUGAUACUAUGGACUGGCCCGCCCAUUCCCCAGACCAAAAUCCAAUUGAGCACAUCUGGGAUAUCAUGUCUCGCUCCAUCCACCAAUGUCUCAUUGCAUCACAGACUGUCCAGGAGUUGGCAGAUGCUUUAGUCCAGGUCUGGGAGGAAAUUCCUCAGGAGACCAUCCGCCACCUCAUCAGGAGCAUGCACAGGCGUUGUAGGGAGGUCAUACAGGCACGUGGAGGUCACACACACUACUGAGCCUCAUUUUAACUUGUUUUAAGGACAUUACAUCAAACUUGGAUCAGCCUGUAAAGUGUUUUUUCACUUUCAUUUUGAGUGUGACUCCAAAUCCAGACCUCCAUGGGUUGAAAAAUUAGAUUUUCUUUUUUUUGUGUGUAAUUUUGUUGUCCGCACAUUCAACUGUGUAAAGAACAAAGUGUAACGGAUCGCCUGGCACCCCGACUGGGUACCUCCGUUAAAGGAUGCUCCUAGCACUUCCUGAGGACUCCAAGCACUGCAGCAGACACCAAAAUCACCGAACCAGAGAAGCGUAUACCUUCUCUCAAGCAUAUGAAUGCUGUAGACAGUUGAAUAGGAACCAUACGAAUAGGUUUACUCUCCUAGCAGUCAAACUGGAACAGCAUACAAUAAAUCCUUCCCCCAAUAAUGAGACGACACUUCACUUUGAGGGUUAAAACAGGAACUCAAGUGCUGGCACACCCAGCCUGGUUUUUAUUACAAUCCACAAAACAUAGUACAGCCCACAGGGCGUUACAAAACAACCAAUCAAUCCGUACAAUACACCCAGACACUCCCACACAAAAUCCUCCCCUCUGCAGGUGAUAUGAUUACUGAACACAAUGGGUAAUCUCAUUAUCACCGGCAGAGGAAUACAGUUUUUAUACAAUAUUUAUAACUUCUAAAAUAUACAUGUCACAAACAUAAAACAUACAUUUUCAUAAUCAGUCCAUUCAGGGGAACAACAUAUUAAAAAAUGGCACGAAUCAGACCAGGGGUUCAAAAGUUAAGGGAAAGUCCUUUGUGACUAAAUGAAGCAUGGCUUUCUGGCCCAAACCAGUUUCAGAGUCUUCUAUCCUGGAGAGUAAUUCAAUUAUCUCCCAGGAUAGACACAAGACUCCAUUAAGCACAUGGUUGCAAAAGACACAAAACACUUUAAAAUACAUAAAGUCACAUUUACACAUAACACACAGACAUUUCACAUAUCCCCAGAUAGCUGGGAUCUGAGUGCACAUUAUUAGAUGAAUGGCACUCAGAUCACACAAAUAAGCCUUUCUGCAGGGGAAAUAAACGGUUUAACCUGCAGGGCCAUAGUCCAAAGGGAGCAGGCGAGCAACCAGGCUUCUCCAGUUCACAGUGGCGAGGUUGGUUUCGCCACACAAAGUAUUUCAGAAGAAUAUUUAAUUCAUUCUGAUCUAGGAUGUGUUAUUUUUGUGUUACCUUUAUUUUUUUGAGCAGUGUAUAUAUACAUAUAAGGGAUGGCCGCAGGCUCCAGGGUGAUUUGCCAAUAUCCUUUGCACAAAUCCAGGGUAGUGAGGUAAUUACACCUCCAGCCAUCCUAUUUAGGAGCUAGUCUAUCCUAGACAUGGGGUAAGCGUUAUGGUCCUGUCAUUGAGUUUCUGGUAGUCAAUACAGAAGCGAGUCGUACCGUCUCGCUUGGGUUACCAGCACUACCGACGAAGCCCAAGGACUCUGCAAUGGCUCUAUAACUCCUAGUUUGAGCAUCUCUUGGAGUUCUGCCAGCAUGUUGUCUCUAACCUCCGCAGUUAUACGGUAGGGUUGUUGCCUGAGCGGGGUUUCCCCUUGGGUCUUGACUCGAUGGACCACAGCAGAGGUGUACCCGGGUAGGGCAAAGAACAUGUCCCUGUAUUCCUGGAGCACUCUUUUCCUGGGGGUUUAACCCCUAGCUGCACCUGCUCUAUCGUGUUGGGGCCGGCAGCGAGUAAGUUCGGUAGGGGGAUGCCCUCACUAUCCUCACAAGCAGGGGCACAUACGGCCGCUAUAUCCCCUAUACACUCAAAAUAAGGCUUCAGUAUAUUCACAUGAAAGGCUCUCUGAAUCCUUUCAUCUAAACCUUUUGCUGACUAUAUACAUGGUGUCACUAGUUGUCUCCACUACCUUGAAUAUUCUCUGCCAGGCGGGCUGAAGCUUGUCUUUCUUAGAGGGCUUCAGAGCCAUUACUCGCUGUCUUAUUUCGAAGACCCUAUCUCGGGCACCACUAUCGUACCAUCUUUUCUGGCGCUUCUGGGUCGCCUGCAGGUUCUCCCGAACUGAUUCGGUGAGAGUCUUCAAGCGGUCCCUAAACUCCAGAACAUACUGUACAAUAGGGACUUCCCCCCCCCCCCUUCUGUGUUGCCAUCCCAGUGCUUCCGUAUGAGAUACAGUGGUCCCUGGACUUUUCUCCCAUAAAGGAAUUUCAAUGGGGGAGAACCCUGUAGAUGCCUGGAGCACCUCCCGGUAGGCAAACAGGAGGUGGGGAAGGAACCUCUCCCAGUGUGGACAGAACGCUGUGAAUGUUCUAAGCAUUUGUUUGAGCGUGGCGUUAAAACGUUCGCAUAGUCCAUUGGUCUGGGGAUGGUAGGGAAAGCUGAACAAGGAUUUCACGCCGCAACGCUGCCAUAAUUGUUGGGUCACAAUUGCGGUGAACUGUGUCCCUCUGUCAGAAAAAAUCUCCAUGGGGAAGCCUACCCGAGUAAAGAUUUUCACUAAGGGUUCUGCCAAUGUCUCUGCCUCUAUAUUGGAAAGGGCUACUGCCUCAGGGUAUCUAGUAGCAUAGUGAUAAAACACACAAGAAAUGUUAUGGAGCUGAAUUUAAAACUAUAAUAUAUACUAAUAAGCAGCAUUAUAUAUUGGGAAAAAGCUCAAUCACCAAAUUAGAACAAUGUAAGAAUAAAGUGCGCUGUGCCUUUAAGACUCAAAAUAUUUAUAAACCGUGAAAACUUGUGCAAUAUUGUGUAAAGUGAUCAAGUGCAUCAAUGUGCAACUCACUUAAACAUUAUAUAUAUAUAUAUAUAUAUAUAUGCAAAUUGUGCAAACAAAAUAUUUCUUUGUGCAAUACUUAGCUUUCCCAAUUAUGGAAUAUGCUUUAGGGCUUCUGUCAGCAAUCAAUAUAUGUCUCAAAAAAAGUAGGGAUCGACCAAUUAUCGGUCUGGCCGAUAUUAUCGGCCGAUAUUUGGUAUUUUCGGCAAUAUCGGUAUCGGCCAAUUCAGAUCCCGAUAUUGCCGAUAAUAUAUAACAGGACCGCCGGACCCAUUACAAGCCCAGCGGUCCUGUGGGGGCCAGCAGCAAGCGCUGACUUACCUUGCAUGCAGCUCCUACAGCUCUCUGUGUAAAUCUCGCGAGACCCGCGGCCGCAGAGCGUUGCCACGGGUUACCAUGGCAACGCUCCGCGCGGCACUAAGAGCCGCGAGAUUUACACAGGGAGCUGUAGCAGCUGCUUGCAAGGUAAGUCAGUGCUUGCUGCUGCUGAGUCACCACUGUACUUAACAAGCCACUGGACCACCAGGGAAUACUAUAUCCCCCUCCCUGGUAAGAAGCAGGGAGGGGGGACUAAACAAAAAAUAAAAAAACAUUUAAAUAUUAAAAAAAAUAUUAAAAUAAAAAAUUACACAAAUUACAUCACUACACAAACACACACACACACAAACACACACAAACACACACAAACACAUACUGCAUUACAUACACACUACACAAACACACACUGGGGGGGGACUAAACAAAAAAAAACAUUUAAAUAUUAAAAAAAAUAUUAAAAUAAAAAAUGACACAAAUUACAUCACUACACACACACUACACAAACACACUGCACACAUACUGCAUUACAUACACACACACUGCAUUACAUACACACUACACAGGCACACACACUGCAUUACAUACACACACUACACAGACAGACACUACACUACUAGCCUAUUUAAGGGUAUUUAUUUUUAUACACUUUCCCUUACAUAUAAACUCUGAAUUUGAUGUGCUUUAUGUGUUAAGGAUACUUUAUAUUAAUACUCUGUAAUCUUGAUCAUGGAUCUUUAAUUGAUAAUGGAAAUAACCUACUUAAGGGCAUCUCUUUAUACACACUUUCUUCUAUAUAUGAAAACUCUUUGAACUUGAAGCGCUUUAUGUGUUAAGGAUACUUAAUAUUAAUAAUACUCUGUGAUUUUUGAUCAAGGAUUUCUAAUUGAUAAUGGAAAUUUCUGUACUCGUAUACUCUGGUCUUAUCUUUGUACUGUAUUUAUGUUGUAUGUGUAUUUUAUGUCCUCUAUACACUUGGAUGUUAUGUCAGUAUCCAUAAAAAAAUAAUGUAUACAUUUCUUUUUCAAAGCUUGUUCAUUAUUGGCAAUUAAGUAUUAGACUGUCUUUCUAAUUAAUGUAAUUAACAAACUAUUGUUAAGUAAUAUACUACUUCCAGCUGUUAAACUACUUGCUUAGGAUACUGAUUCACAUGUUUAUUUUAUAAUUGUGAUUGUUUAAAGUUUGUUACAUACAUCAAUUUUACAAUAUAUAUGUCAGCUUGACAAAGACCUUUUGGGGUCGAAACGUUACUGUUGUGGUUCCUAAUAAAGUGCCUGUCUUGAACCAAGGAGUGCCUGGACCUCUUUUACUCUUACCCAGUCUCUGACUUCCGUGGAGGUGUGGUCGUAGAACUGUUCCAAGCAUAGAAUUUGUACCGCAUCCUCCAAUAACGUGGCCUGGCAGCCCUGCAUCCAAUUUUUGGCAGCCCGGUGUAUACGGAAUGCCCAUUCGGUAAAGGAAUCCUUUCCUGAGGCCCUGGAAUUUCCUCCGGUACACCUCUGGUGUGACUGUAAAUCUGGCCAAUAAAUUUCUUUGAUUUUUCCUAUAAUUUUGUAUGUCCUCAUCAGGUGCUGCCCAGUAAGCUUCCGCUGCCCGUCCUGAGAGCUUGCUGCUGAGAACCGCAGCCCAAUUAUCGGUUUCCAGUCCUUCCAAAGUACACUGACGCUCAAAGUCCUGUAGGCUAUUAUCGAUGUACAUUUCUCCAUCAAUAAAUGCUUUGAAGGCUGCAUAGUUUACCUUCCGUGGGCGCCCGUUUAUAUAUCCUGGGGAGGUUAGCGUAUCCCCUUGCAGCUAUCCUGCUCUUGAUUCCCGAGCUAUCUGCGAGUCUUUGGCAUGUGUUACGAUUUGUACCACUGCUUCUUGUGAUGGAUUGGGCCCCAAUGAACUUACCAUCCAUCUCACCUCCUUUUGUAAUUUUUCCUCUGGUUGCUCUCCUGCCAUGUUGCUGGCUCUGGUUGUAAUAACUCUGCAAUUAGCGUGGCUUUCUUCUCAUUACUUGCCGCUAUGCCUCGAGUUUCCUGCAGGUCUUUUAACGUAGUUUGCUGUAGUAACUCACACAGCUGAGCCAUUCACCUUUCCUCCAGUUCGGGACGCCCAUUCGGGAUACAAAUCCCUCUGGUUGCCACCAAUUGUAUCGGACACUGAUGUGGUCGAAAUCGGUUUGUUUGUUUCCACCUGAACUGCUAUGAGCAUGAGUGAAUAUAGCUCGCAGUUCGGGUGUCCGUUCGUCUCUUUCUCUUUCCUAUCAGGUACAGCUUUCUAAAGCAGAUUCUCCCAAUGAUGUGAACAGGUACCCAAACAUCAGCCAAAACUUGAUGAAGUAACAAGACUGAAGCUUUAUUGGUGCCACACUGGCUUUUAUACAAUUCCCCAUGCAAGGGGCACUCCCUUUUGGACCGUGUGGGGGACAGGGACACAAAGAGUACAGCCAAUAACAAUGCAGUGACAAAUUGUGACAGUCCACUACAAACAAGCAAUUCCCUCCUCUCUGCCUGGAGAUAAUGGAGUCAGAUAAAGUAAGACAUUAAUUAUUUCCAGGUAGAAAAAAACAUUAUUUUCACAAAACUUUAAUAGUACCCCAAAACAUACAAUAUCCCCAUAAAUGUCAUAUCCCCUGAAAGCCUUGAUCUGGGUGACCAACAUAUCCAGAAAUCACCCAGAUCAAUUCAGGGGUUUUCGAAUUUCAUGGAAGUCCAAUAUAAGUAGCGAAGGAGAGAAACACUGUCCCAUGCUAGGAUAAAUUAAAACAUAACUUUUAAUGUUAGACAAGAUAAAUAAAAUAGAUAAACCUAAUUGUAUAAUAAGGGAUAAAGAAGAGAGGAUAUAUAUGAUAAAAAAUAAUAUUAAACCAAUAGAAACAAUGUCCUUGAUCAACAAAUUACUUGCUCUCUCUCCGUUAGGUAGUUGUUCCCUGAGAUGAUCGGUCUCCUAGGGGGUACAGUCAUAUUUUUAUGCAAUUUAGGUAAACAGUAUAGAGUAGCUAUUGUUGGAUGUUUAUGGGGCAGUAGAUACUUACACUCGUCAGAAUUGAUUAUUUGUUGUUCUAGUGGUUUAGUUAGAAGAUCUACCAGUUCCCUUAUGUAGCUGUAGGAUCAGAUAGGAAGACACUAACAUUUUUAGUGAAUGAAGGGCUUUCCUCUCACUGUGAGUAAGAUUGUUGGUGGAUGGAUGUUCAAAAUGACUAUUUUCUAGUUCACUAGUAGUCAUUUCUACGAAAAGUUGAGCAUGUGGGGUAUCCUUCAGGUUAGGAGUAAACCAACUUUGAGGUUUUAAAUUGGUCAAGGGUUUAGUGGGACUUUGUUCAUCCAAUAGAUGGGUAAAUACUUUGAACACUUCAUAAUCCCCAACAGAUAGACCAAGUUCUUUAGCGGGUUGGAAAUCUUUUUUAGAGUGCAUUAAGUUAAGGGCCAAUUUCCUGCCAAAGAGGUUUAUGUCCUUGGACCAAUUGAAUUUAUUGUAACUUGGAGUUGGUAUGUAUGAAAGACCUUUUAUUAACCCCUUAAGACCGGAGGGCGUACUAUUACGCCCUAUUUUAGGUGGCUCUAAACACCACCGGGUGUAAUAGUACACCCUCCUGUCUUUCCUUACUUACCCGGUAGCCAGAGGACCCACGCUGGCGAUUGCGGUGGGGUGGACGCCCAGGGAGCCCCCCUGCGGCAGACCCUCCUCCUCCUUCGGUCCCCCCCGGCCAUGCGGAGUGAGGUCCUUGCGAAGACCUCACAAUCACAUGGCCGGGAUAGCCGCCUGCUGUAUUGGCAGCAGGGGGGCUGCCUUUAAUUACAGGUGGUCCCCCUGCUGGCUGGAAAUAAAAAUAAAAUAAAAUUAAUAAGUGUAAAAAAAAAAAAAAAUUAUACUUGGAUUAUAUAUAUAUAUACACACACACACACACACACACACUGUCUAAGUGUAUUUUACUAUAUAUAUAUAUAUAUAUAUAUAUAUAUAUAUAUAUAUAUAUAUAUAUAUAUAUAUAUAUAUAUAUAAUAUACUCGAGUAUAAGUCUAGUUUUUCAGCACAUUUUUUGUGCUUAAAAACCCCCACUCGACUUAUACUCUAGUCACUGUCUGUAUUAUGGCAACUUAGAGAGCCGCGGCCGUCAGAGCCAUGGCAACGAUCCCGCGGCAACCAGAUCGCGAGACUUACAGUGGAGCUGACCGGAAUGGAGGAGAAGGGAGCUGACAGGAGCUGCAGGAAAGGUAAGUAAAUGCUUCCUGCCGGCCCCCCCAUGCCACUGGACCACCAGGGAUUAAGAUAGCCCCCCUCCCUGACCAGUUAACAAGCAGGGAGGGGGGACAAAAAAAAAUUUAAAUAAUAAAAAAAUAUUAAAAUAAAAAAAUGUUUUAAAUAAUAAAAAUGCCCUCCCCCCACCCAGUUCACACACUCUGCAUUAUAUACACACGCUGCAUUAUAUACACAGUGUGUGUAUAUAAUGCAGAGUGUGUGUUUGUAUGAGUGUUUGUGUGUGUGUGUGUGUGUAUAUAUAAUGCAGAGUGUGUGUUUGUAUAAGUGUGUGUGUUUGUAUGAGUGUGUGUGUGUAUAUAAUUAUAAAAAUCACAGAAUUUCAUAGCCCCAAGUUUUACCCUCGAUUUAUCCACGAGGCAUUGCAUAUUUCACAAUUGUUGGUCACAAAACUGCACUCGACUUAUACAUGAGAUCGACUUAUACACGAGUAUAUACGGUAAUUAAAUUACACGUAGACUGAUACUGAUUAAAUGUAUAUAUAAUUGUUAUAUAUGUUUAUAUAUAAUAUAAAAAAAUUUAAUAUGUAAAUACAUUAAAUUUUUUUUUUUUAAAUAUAUAGAUGUAUUAUUUCGUUCUAACUGUAUUGUGAUAUUAAUGUAUAUUUAUAUCAAAAUACACGUAGAACACAAUAAUAUAUAUCUACAUACAUAAAUAUAUACGUAUAUAUCACUAUAUAUACCUAUAUAAAUAAAAAUAUUUAAAAAAAUUAUAUAUACACAUAUCGAUUCACAUACGUGUGUGUGUGUAUGUGUGUGUGUGUGUGUAUAUAUAUAUGUAUACACAUAUAUUAAUUCUACAUAUAUUUAUGUAAUAUUUUUACAUAAUUGGGUAUCUUAAUUAAUUACAAUUAGCGGGACCUACCUGACAACCCAUGCCAAAAGUAAAGGGAAUUUAAUUUGCUAGCACUAUGGUACUGCUCUACUCAGGAGACUUCGCUGAACACAAAUAUUAGUUUUUCAAAACCGUAAAAUGUAUUACAAUGAUGAUUUCUCCAGUAAAAGUGACGUUUUUUGCAUUUUUCAUGCACAAACAGCGGACGAUAUUAUUGCUGUGAUACCUUUUACUGUUUUGAAACACAAAUAUUUGUGUUUAGUGAAGUCUCCCGAGUACAACAGUACCACUCAUGUACAGGUUUUAUGGUGUUUUCAAAAGUUACAGUGUCAAAUAUAAGGCUUGCGUUUCAUUUUUUUCACAUUAAAAUUCGCCAGAUUGGUUACGGUGCCUUUGAGACCCUAUGGUAGCCCAAGAAUGAAAAUUACCCCUAUGAUGGCAUGCCAUUUGCAAUAGUACACAACCCAAGGUAUUGCAAACGGUAUGUCCAGUCUUUUUUAGUAGCCACUUGGUCACAAACACUGGCCAAAAUUGGCGUUUUUUGCAUUUUUCACACAAACAAAUACUAACGCUAACUUUGGCCAGUGUUUGUGACCAAAUGGCUACUAAAAAAGACUAAACAUACCCCACCUUCAAUACCUUGGGUUGUCUACUAUUGCAAAUGGUAUGCCAUUAUGGGUGUAAAUUUCAUUCCUGGGCUACUAUAAAGUCCCAAAGGCAACGUAACCAAUCUGGCGAAUUUCAAUUUCAAAUGUAACGUGCUAUAUUUGAUCCUGUAACUUCCCAAAACGCCAUAAAACCUGUACAUAGGGGGUACUGUUUUACACAUGAGACUUUGCUGAAUACAAAUAUGUGUAUUUUAUUGCAAUAGAAGCAAACAAUAUUAUGACAUUGACAGUUAAAAUGUCAUGUAGAACUAAAAAAAUCUAAAAAUCUUUUCUCCCAUUUUUUUUCAUAUCGUUUCAUAGCUAAAUAUUUGAUAUUAAAUGAAAGCCCUGUUUCCCCUGAAUAAAAUGAUAUAUAAUAUGGGUGGGUGCAUUUAAUAUGAAAGAGGUGAUUUUAGGGUUGGACCGACAUGUAGCGCAAAUGCCAGGUUUUGUUUACAUUUUGUUUCGUUCACAACGUGUACAUUUGGCUCAGUCCUUAAGGGGUUAAGCAAAGAGAUGUGACGUGGUUGGAGGGGAUAAUCGGAGAGGUUAAUGAUUUUGUUUAGCGUCAGUCUCUGUCCUCGUCCCUGUCUCUUGUAUGCCCAGCGAUCCCUGUCCCUCAACCUCCCCCUCUGUUUCGCGAGGGGGGUCCUGUCCUAAAAAAGUAUUUAAACCAAUGGAAAUGCUAGUGUCAAAUGGAAUCGGAAUGUCCAAAAAGGAGACUGAUUUAUCAGUGCGUUUUAGGAUACUCCUAUUAGGAGAAUGAUUAGGGGCAGGAUCGCUGUUGCGAUUGCUGUUGGUAUAGCGACUUUGUCGUGAUUUUGUGGAACUGGUAUCUGAGUCUGACCACUCAGUGUCUACAGAUGUAGAUCCUCUAUGACUAUUUAAAUGUCUACGAAAAUUGCGUUUUGUUUUGUUUUUUUACAGAAGAUAUUACUGUCUUUAAAAUCUUUGAAAUCUCUUUGAAAUUUUUUGUUUUACUUUUAGAUUUUGUCUAAAAUGUUCUAUAUUUUUUUUUGUAAUUUUGUUUCCAUAGGCGAAAAGAUAGUAUCGGUUUUCAACUUCUUUAUUUGAGUGAUCUCAUCUUGUAAUUUUUUUUAGUUUAUUCCAAAUGUGUGGUUUCAAGUUUUACUAGUAAAGUCAUUAGUUUUGAGGAACAAUCUAGUAAUAUCGUGUUCCAUUCAUUUAAUUGUUCGUCUGUUUGGAUUUUGUCAGGUAAUAGUAUAUCUGGACGGAUACCUCUAGGUACCAGUUUUUGUUCUAUGUAUUGGUUGAGACUUGUUAAUUCCCAAAAACUUCUAAUGUGUUGCUGGCAUGGUUUUUGUAUUGUAUUAUUUUUGGAUAGUGGUUUGUUGGAAAAAACAUUUUGAAUGUUGUCUGGAUUUAUGGUAGGAUGUAAUAACUUGUCCAAAAGAGCUGUCAUUUAAAUUGGCUUGUGAAGGUUGCUUCCAAAAAAUUAGGUAUUGAAACCUGGUUUUAACUUUGCAGAAUAUAGUGGAAGCUUGAUAUUGACUAAAUCGUUAGGACAGUGAAUUUGGACCAACUGCACACGAGGUUCUUGCCUAGAAACAGUUCCAUGAGUUUAGGUUGUGCGGUCGGUCUAUUUCGACAAAUCACAAAACCGAACUAAUGCACAAACGGAACCCUCUGGCUUCUAGUAGCAAUUGUUCCCCUGGUUCAUGGGAACCAAGCUACUGAAUAGUGCUCUGCUAGCUGUUCUGGAAAAGGAAGCAGGCGUUUGUAUGGUUUGACCGUUGUUCGGGAAGUCGAGUGUCCGAUUUUUAGUUCCAGACACUUGACGACCAAGUCCCGCUGCCUCCUUUCAUGCAAACAAGAUGGGCGCCGUUUUCUCCACACAGGGAGAGCGCUGAAUUGAUGGUUUCCUUUGGUGAUAAUGAGCCAGGGGGAUGGUUGGUGGUUAGGUAGUUUUGAAACUACAGAACAAAUAAACGAAAACUGUGAAAACAUGUGAAAUAUUGUUCAAAAAAGUAUUGGAAAUGCUGAGUUUUCUUACACACCAUAUUUUUUUUACAAUAGUAGAAAGUUAGGUCUUCAGUAGAGUUGAGCGGACACCUGGAUGUUCGGGUUCACCGAGUUCGGCCGAACUUUGGCAAAAAGUUUGAGCUCGAAUUUUCCCCCGUGCCCCAUUAAAGUCAAUGGGGACCUGAACUUUUGGGCACUAAAAAUUCUCUAAAAAAAAAAAAAAAUCCUGGAAAGGGCUAGAGGGCUGCAAACGGAAGUAAAAUGGGGGUAAGAGUAGGACAAGUGCCCUGCAAAUAAAUGUGGAUAAGCAAAUCACUUAAAAUAACAUAAAAUACAUAAAUAAAAAUACAGCUGAGCCAUAGAUGGAAUCUUUGUUUUUAGCUUUGGAAGAACAUAAAUCAAAAUCUAAAGCAUGGCUGUCAGGAGGAUCACCAGAAUUAACCAUGUGAGAGAGGGUUGGAGUGCAUGGUAUUCUUUCUGUUCACACUGAGCUCAACUCCUGAUGCAUGGAGAAAAGGCCUUCACAAGCCUCUGCUAUUGUGUACAAACUUUAUACUAAGUGACCCAUAGGUUGAGAAGGCGGUGACCGUGGCGGUGUAGGUGGAAGCGGUGGUUGUGGAGGAGGUGGUAGCCAACACUGUUUGUGUGUUUUUUUUAUGUUUUUUUUUUAUUGGGGGUAGCCCCCAAAAUAUUGGGACAUAUAAAAAAAGUAAAACAAAGAAUAAGUGCACUUGAGUAUAACAAUGGCUGGGUGAGGCCGGUGUAUAAAUGUCUAUUCUGCAAAAGGUACAGACAAGUCUGGUGGGAUCCAUGCCUGGUUCGCCUGCUGCUCGCACAGUCUCUCCAGCAUGAUACACUGCAGCACAGACAGGCGAGCAGCAGCAGGGUAAGAAUGCCGAAAGCGCGCACAGACGGCCCGCACUUUCUGCUGCAGCAGCUCUGAUAUAUCUGGGUAGUUUUUCAGGAGUUUCUGCACCACCAAAUUCAGCACAUGCGCCAGGCAAGGGAUGUGCAUCAAACCAGCUAGGCCCAGAGCUGCUACGAGAUUUCGCUCAUUAUCGCACACCACCAAUCCGAGCUUGAGGCUCAGUGGCAACAACCACUCAUCGGUCUGUUGUUCCAUGAUCGUCCACAGCUCCUGUGCGGUGUGGGGUAUUUCCCUCCAAACAUAUGAGUUUUAAAACCGCCUGCUGUCUUUUUUUUCCCCCUGACUGUACUGAAGUUGGUGCUGAAGGUGUUACGCUGAACGGAUGAGGUGGUGGUAGAGGAGGAGGAAGCGGAGGAGGAAGCGGAGGAAGAGAAAUGCCCUGCUAUCCUUGGUGGCGGAAGGACAUGCACCAAACUGCUAUCCUUCUCAGGCCCAGCCGCCACUACACUUACCCAGUGUGCAGUUAGGUAGGUAUAGCUGGGAACCACGUACUGUGGGACAGCCACCGCCAUCAGGUUUUUAAAACUGUCCGUUUCCACCAGAUGGAAUGACAGUAUUUCAAAGGCCACAAAUUUUUAAAUGCUGGCAUUCAGGGCCAGCUUUCACGGGUGGGUAGGGGGGAACUUCCUCUUUCUCUCCAGUGUUCGGGAGAUGGACAGCUGAACGCUUCCAUGGGACAGUGUGGAGAUGCUUGGGGAUGGUGGACGUGGUGGCGUUGGGGAUGGUGACUCCAGAUGUGGAUGAAGAGCCCGAGACAGCAGCAGAAGAGGAAGCAGGAGGAGCCUGAGAUCUUUCUUGGUUUUUUAGGUGCUUAUUCCACUGCAGCUCAUGCUUUGCAUGUAGAUGCCUGGUCAUGCAGGUUGUGCUCAGGUUUAGCACGUUUGUCCCUCACUUCAUGCUCUGAUUGCAUAGCGUGCAAACCACUCUUGUCUUGUGGUCAGCACAUUGUCUGAAGAACUGCCACGCCAGGGUUUUCCUUGGAGCUGGCUUUGGUGUGCUCGAUUCCUGGGUGCGGUGGGCAGUAGCAGGCGUACUGUCUACGGGAUGGCCGCUCCGCUUUUGCACUUUGCUCCCUCUUAUGCUGUGCUGGUGCCUCUGUGCGACAACCGCCUCUUCCUCCAAACUGCACACGUCACUCACAUGAGCUUGAUUCUAUGUGGGGGUCUAGGACCUCAUCAUCCUCCACAUCAUCUUCCACCCACUCCUCAACCCUGCCCUCCUUGCCGGUCUGCACACUGCAGAAAUCCACAGUAGUUGGCACCUGUGUUUUCGUCAUCUUCAGACGUGCUGCGGUGUUCCUUGCAUGUCCACAUCCUGAAACAUAAGUGGUUGUGCAUCGGUGCACUCAAUCUCUUCCACUUCUGGGGCAGGGCUAGUUGGAUGGCCCACGGAAACCCUACCAGCAGAGUCAUCAAAAAGCAUAAGAGACCGCUGCAUGAGUUGUGGCUCACACUGCUUGGUUGAUUUGCAAGGGGUUAAGGUGAAAGACAGAUGGCCAUGGGCUGCAGGUGCCAACUCUGAGCUUUCAGCAGGGGACCAGGUGGGAGACAAUGUGAAGGAACUGAAAGCGCGGUCAGCCACCCAAUCUACUAUCGCCUGUACUUGUUCUGGCCUCACCAUUCGGGAAUUCGGGCCUACCAAAUUAUCCUGAAGGUUCUGUCGCGUACUCGCACCUGAGGAAGGCGAUUAACUUGUGCGUGUAGCUGGCACAGAUCGAUCACAUCCUCUCCCUGAAACAAAAGCUCCACCAACACCAGCAGCACCACACCCAGUUUUAUGAUAGAUUAAUUUGCUCAUUAGUGAUCAAUCAUUCUUAAUUAGUUAAUUGGAUUUUAUCACAAUUAUCACACCUAUUCCUUCUAGUGGCUGUCUCAUUGACAGCCACUAGAGGCGCUUGUGUGCUUCUCACUGUGAUUUUCACAGUGAGAGCACGCAAGUGUCCAUAGGAAAGCAUUGUAAAUGCUUUCCUAUGAGACCGGCUGAAUGCGCGCGCAGCUCUUGCCGCGCGUGCGCAUUCAGCCGGCGGGGCGUAACGGAGGAGAGGAGGCAGAGAGCUCUCCGCCCAGCGCUGGAAAAAGGUAAGUUUUUACCCCUUUCCCCCUUCCAGAGCCGGGCGGGAGGGGGUCCCUGAGGGUGGGGGUACCCUCAGGGCACUAUAGUGCCAGGAAAACGUGUAUAUUUUCCUGGCACUAUAGUGGUCCUUUAAGCUGAAGUGGUCUGGGUGCCUAUAGUGGUCUUUUAAGCCAAUUAUCUCCAGCAUAGAGAGGAGGGAUUUCAUUGUGGAUGUAGGAUGGUUAUUAUGUUAAUUAGUGUUCUCAUUGGUUUGUGUCCCUUUUGUCACAGUUUACCACCAGGUCCAGGGGGUGUGCCUCUGGCCUGAAAACUUGUAUAUAAGGAGUAAUAAACGCUCAUUGGAGUCAGAUCAUCUUGUACCUUCAUGAAGUUUCGGCUCAUGUUUGGGGGAUUGGAGAACUACACUCUGGGGAUUGCUAUAAUCACUAUACUCCCCAGGGUAUGAUCACUAAGCUCUGCUAAGAGCUUGUUCCUGCUCUCUGAAAUUCGGAGAGGUUGACCUACUGGAAGCUGGACCCUGGUCUUGGGUCCAGAGUGGGUGGAGAUGGCGAGACCCCAACCAAGCUGUGGCGGUUCGAGGGAGUCUACAGUGGCUAUGGUGUCUGGUGGAGUGCUUGGAGUCCUUGGUAAGCACUAGGAGCAUCCACCAACAGAAGGUACUCAGUUGGGAUGCAAGCGGUUCCGUUACACAUAUGUAGGAAUAGGAACACAGUGGUGUAAGAUGUUCUUGAUAUACGGUAACUGGUAUAUUCAAUGCAGUGUAAACAUAAACUAUCAUAGGGCAAUAUAUACACGUAAAAUAAUUUGGAACACUCACAAUGUUUAGAACCCUUAUGAGUCCUCUCAAAACUGCAGGCAUUUCAUCUGUAUAAUUAUGUAAAUGUGGAAGAACGUGGUUAUCAGCAAAAUUCUGCAUGGUUUUACCUGUAGCAUUGUAAGCUACAUUGAGCAGGGCCCUCAACCCUUCUGUUCCUGUGCGUCCAUUUGUUUAGUUACAGUUAUGUGUCUGUUAGUCCACCCGUUGUAGAGCGCUAUAGAAUUUGCUGGCGCUAUAUAUAUAUAAAUAAUAAUAAUAAUAAUAAUGAAGCAUAGGUCAUGCCAAACUAACUUAAUUGCAUUCUACGAAGAAGUCAUUGGAAGUAUAGAUCAGGGUGUUGCAGUGGAUGUGAUCUAUUUGGUGUUUGAUACAGUUCUACACUAUAGAUUAGUGUUCAAACUCAAAUAAAUUGGUCUAGAUUUAAAUUCUUGUUCUUUGGUUGACAAAUUUAAACCUCUUUAGUUUAGAAAAAUGUUGUCUGAAUUUUUUCUAGUGCCAUAUCUUUAUUUUUUUUUUAUUUUUUUUUUUACAGGUUACAAAUAUAGUACUGCAUAUUCAAGGUGUGUAUAGCAAAGGUAAACCUACACCAAUAUAGAAUAAUGGAUAAGUCCAAGAAAUUACUUAUCCAAUACAAAUGAAAAACAGCUUCCUUCUGAUAAUCUACAGAAAGGUAAAACAAUAUAAUAGUGGAAUACAGUUAAAUUAGAUUGCUGUGCGCUAAAUUCAAUUGCGCUCACUAGAUGGAGACUUGGAAAUUGCCUUAGGGUGCCUCCCGUUGGAUGAUUGGGGGAGUGAUCCAGGGUACACUCUCAGCUUUUGGAUGAUGACACCACAAAAUGGAAAGAUGGACUCUUAAAAAAUGAAAUAAAAUACAAUAAAAAUGUUCCUAUGCGUUUCAUCUCGCAAGAGACUUCGGCAGGGACACUAUAAUAAAAACAAUCCUAAAGCAGGAAGAAAGCGGCAUAUACCUUCCCCACCCCUCCUAAGUCCUUCAUAUAUAUGCCAUCCUUGCAUCUCAUUGGUGGUUCUGUGGGUGUUUCCAACAAUAUUCCGCAGUUUUGACUUGUCAGAAAUCUAAUUUUCCCAUGUAUUCCUUGUUCAAUUUACCUCAUUUCUGUGCGUCACUUCCGGUAGUCGCGUCUGUAUGACGUGUGUUCCAAUCGACGGCCAUCAUGCAUUCUAUGCUUGUAAGUUGUCGCCAGGGUUAUGACUUAUACAAGCUUCUUUCUUUAGUGGACCAUAAGGAAGCCUUAAAGGCUCAAAAGGGACAAGUGUCAGAAAUAAACAGCAGCAUGUAACUGCAUCAGUAACCAAGUCCCAAUUGUUUAAAUAGAGCCCAAAGAUGCCUGGCAGCAUCUCUCUGGAUAAUUUCAGCUGAUUUAUUAGGGGAAUGGGAAUGUUAUUUUUGUUCCAGGUGUUUGUGUUUGGAACAUAUUAAUAUGACCAGAAUUUUUUUCCCCUCACUAUACUGCUAUUAUAAAUCCCCUCUCUUCUGUUUGAUUAGUUUCAAUACCCAGAGAGAACUCACAUGCACAAGCCUUGGCUCUACCUGUCUAUGAAUUGUAAAGAGCUUAAAAUCAUCAUAAAACCAAGACAUGUCAAAGCCCUUAGAGUGGAGAGACAGGAGUGGGGACACUUUGCUAAAAAACACUAUGUACACUUGUAAUAAAUAUACAAACAUAAAUGAACUUGUUGAACUAAAAAUGUAUAUAUAUUACGAGCAAACUGAAUAAAUAUUGUCAGUUUUUCCAAGUAUAGUAAUUACUAUUUCUAUUUCCACUGAUGGGUCAAACCAGGGAUCUACUACAAUUUCAAUAUCACAACCUUAAUGUAGAUAAGUGAGGCUUUAUGGACUAAAUCUCAUCUUGCAAAUUAAGGUAAAAGGGAGUACACCUAAUUUUGCUAGUGAAGGGGAUAAAGCACACAAAAAACUCAAUUUUCUUCAGUCACCAUGACACCCAAUGGUCGUUUUUCUUAUCUAUUGCAAAAAUAUUGUCAUUUUUCUAAGUAUGGCAAACAAUUUAUUGUAACUGAUUUCCUUUAACCCACAGUAUAUUUCUUUCAGGUGUAUUUGCCCAGAGUGGUACUACUGAAAGUGGUGACAAGAACAGAAAUCCAUGAAGCAAGGCUAUGAAGAAAUCUUUUAAUCACAGAACCAAGGAGUCUAACUUUGAAAAAUCAAGCAAAACAGAUUACCAUAUGUUCUCAAAUGAGAUCGUAAACAUGAACCCCAAACCAUUCUCAUGUUCUGAAUGUGGGAAAUGUUUUAGGGAAUACUCCAAACUUCUUACACAUCAGAAAACUCACACAGGAGAGAAGCCCUUCUCAUGUUCUGAAUGCGGGAAAUGUUAUAGCUGUAACUCAACUCUUAUUGCACAUCAGAGAACUCACACAGGAGAGUACCCAUUCUCAUGUUCUGAAUGUGGAAAAUGUUUUAGCUAUAACUAUACUCUUAUUGUACAUCAAAGAACUCACACAGGAGAGAAACCGUUCUUGUGUUCUGAAUGUGGAAAAUGUUUUGUCUGUAAACAACAUCUUAUUAGACAUCAGAGAAUACACACGGGAGAGAAACCAUUCUCAUGUUCUGAAUGUGGAAAAUGUUUUCGCUAUGACUCCACUCUAAUUACACAUCAGAGAAUUCACACAGGAGAGAAACCGUUUUCAUGUUCUGAAUGUGAAAAAUGCUUUGUUAAUAAAGCACAUCUUGUCUGUCAUCAGAGAUCUCACUCAGGAGAGAAACUGUUCUCAUGUUCUGAAUGUGAAAAAUGUUUUGUCACUAAAUCAAAGCUUGUCCAUCAUCAGAGCUCUCACACAGGAGAGAAACCAUUCUCAUGUUCUGAAUGUGAAAAAUGUUUUUGCUAUAAGUCAAAUCUUGUUAAACAUUGGAGAACUCACACAGGAGAGAAACCGUUCUCGUGUUCUGAAUGUGAAAAAUGUUUUGUCGCUAAAUCAGAGCUUGUCCGCCAUCAGAGAUCUCACACAGGAGAGAAACCGUUCUCAUGUUCUGAAUGUGAAAAAUGUUUUGACACUAAAUCAAAGCUUGUCUGUCAUCAGAAAACUCACACAGGAGAGAAACCGUUCUCAUGUUCUGAAUGUGAAAAAUGUUUUGUCACUAAAUCAAAGCUUGUCCAUCAUCAGAGCUCUCACACAGGAGAGAAACUGUUCUCAUGUUCUGAAUGUGAAAAAUGUUUUUGCUAUAAGUCAAAUCUUGUUAAACAUUGGAGAACUCACACAGGAGAGAAACCGUUCUCAUGUUCUGAAUGUGAAAAAUGUUUUGUUACUAAAUCAAAGCUUGUCUGUCAUCAGAGAACUCACACAGGAGAAAAACCGUUCUCAUGUUCUGAAUGUGAAAAAUUUUAUAGGCAUUACACCAGUCUUGUUAAACACCGGAGAACUCACACACGAGAGAAACCGUUCUCGUGUUCUGAAUGUAGAAAAUAUUUUGUUAUGAAAGCAGAUCUGGUCAGUCAUCAGAGAAUACACACAGGAGAGAAACCGUUCUCAUGUUCUGAAUGUGAAAGAUGUUUUAGCUUUAAAUCAAGUCUCGUUAAACAUCGGAGAACUCACAAGAGAGAAACCGUUCUCAUGUUCUGAAUGUGGAAAAUGUUUUGUUAUUGAAGCAAAGCUGGUCUGUCAGAGAACUCACACAGGAGAAAAACCAUUCUCAUGUACAUAUUGUUGAAAAGGUUUUGUCACUAAAGCAGAGCUCUUCAGUCAUCAGAGAACUCACACAAGAGAGAAACCAUUCUCUUGUUCUAAAUGUGGAAAAUGCCUUUUAACUGUCACUCAGCUCUUGUUAUACAACAGCGAACUCACACAGAAAAGAAACCGUUUUCAUUAGUGUUGUUGCGAACGGUUUGUAGCGAACUCCGGUCAGCUGACACAUCCCGGCCAAUCACCAGCAGACCCUCCCUCCCACCUCCUGGACAGCAUCCAUGUUGAAGCUGCCUUCAACAUGGAUGCUGUCCAGGAGGAGGGAGGGUCUGCUGGAGAUUGACAGUUUGCGACAACACUACUCAUGUUCUGAAUGUGGAAAAUGUUUUACUCAACAUUCACAUCUUAUUAUACAUCAGAGAACUCACACAGGUGGUGAGUCUCUAAAAUGUUAUAAUGCAUAGAUGCAUUAACAUAGGAAUAAAAGAUCUUGUGUGAAUUGUCUCUUGCUGACACAAUAAAUAGUAACUGUGAUGGUAGCAGUCAAUGUACAUAUGAUGCUAUCAUCCGGGGUGCCUAACCUGCAAUGCCAACUCUAAAGGCUAGUUCCCCCAACCCAUGUUAAUACAGACUUCAAGCAUAGGUUAUGUUUACUUCUAUUUCUCUAGGGUUUUUCUUAGGGCAUACAAUGCAGCUGAGACUAUAACUAAUAAAUAUACCAAUUUUGUCACAUUAUCAAAUCAGACAUUCAUAAUUUGGAGUCAAAUAAAGAGCCUUCUGAAAAAUAUUUAAUGAGCUUUAAAAUAUCUGUGUUGCAGGAUUUGUUUCUUUGUAAUAUUAUCAUUCUUGUAUUAGUUGCAAAUUACAUGAUUUCAGACUUAUUUCAUACACAGAAACUGAGGCCCUACCUACACAUCUAAUAUUAAUUAUAGUACUUAUGUCCAUUGUAUAUCAAUGGUCAACACAUAUGGUUUUUGUUCAGAUAGAUUGAUAAAGGCCUGCUGUUAUAACCUUCAACCCAGCAUUCCAGGCCAGACUCAAAUAUGUAUUAAGAAGGGCCUCUUUCUGAAUGUAUUCAUUUAAACAUAUAUAGUAAUUCCUAUAACCAUUUUUAUAAUGUUUGGCUCUAACUAUAGAUUGGCAGAAUGGGGAUUAAUUCGCGACCCAUUUUACACUUGUUUUAAAGAAUCAAAUAACCUUAUACUUGUGUACUCAUCCUAAUUAACUGAAUUCUUAGACAUAUAAAAGCUUUCGCAGAUAAAUAUUCACCACCAAUACUUUUGCAUCAAAAAUGGAUGUUAACUUGAAGUGCAUACAAAUUGCUGUAUUGGUCCAGAUGUGUGCCAAGAUAUUUUAUUUUCGGAUGGUGUGUAUUGUUUGAAUAAAAAAAAAAAAUGUUGUACUUUA